AAGGAACACAAACACCCCAACCUAAAAUGUCUAUAUAUAUCACCAUCUAAUUUCAUUCAUCUCCUCACCUCACCUCACCUCUCUCUCUCUAUAUAUAUAUACGUAUAUCUUUCUCUCUCUACAAUGGAAAGAACACCACAUAUUGCCAUUGUCCCAAGCCCAGGAAUGGGCCACCUAAUCCCUCUUGUUGAAUUUGCAAAAAGAUUAAAAAACAACCACAACAUCUCAUCAACUUUCAUCAUCCCAAAUGAAGGACCUCUAACCAAAUCUCAACAAGCUUUUCUUGACUCUCUCCCCAAUGGUUUAAACCAUGUCAUCCUCCCUCCGGUCAGUUUCGACGAUUUACCGAAUGAUAUACGAAUGGAAACCCGAAUCAGCCUCAUGGUUACGCGCUCUCUCGAUUCGCUUAGAGAGGCGGUUAAAUCGUUAGUUGUUGAAACAAACAUGGUGGCUUUGUUUGUUGAUCUUUUUGGCACGGAUGCCUUUGAUGUUGCUAUUGAAUUUGGAGUCUCACCUUAUGUGUUUUUUCCAUCAACUGCUAUGGCUUUAUCUUUGUUUCUUUAUUUGCCUAAACUUGAUCAAAUGGUUUCAUGUGAGUAUAGGGAUUUGCCUGAACCGGUUCAGAUCCCGGGGUGCAUACCGGUUCGCGGAGAAGACCUACUUGACCCGGUUCAAGAAAGAAAGAAUGAUGCAUAUAAAUGGGUGCUUCAUAAUGCAAAGAGGUAUAGGAUGGCUGAGGGUAUAGCGGUAAAUAGCUUCAAGGAGUUAGAGGGUGGAGCUUUGAAAGCUUUGCUAGAAGAUCAACCGGGCAAACCAAGGGUUUAUCCGGUUGGACCGUUGGUACAGGCCGGUUCAAGUAGUGAUGUUGAUGGGUCAGGGUGUUUGAGAUGGCUAGAUGGUCAGCCAUGUGGUUCUGUUUUGUACAUAUCUUUUGGGAGUGGUGGAACCUUAUCUUCUAAUCAGCUUAAUGAGUUAGCCUUAGGUUUGGAAUUGAGUGAACAAAGGUUCAUAUGGGUGGUUAGAAGCCCGAAUGAUAAACCGAACGCGACUUAUUUUAAUUCACACGGUCACGAGGACCCUUUGGGUUUUUUACCAAAAGGGUUCUUGGAAAGAACCAAAGGUAUUGGGUUUGUGGUACCUUCUUGGGCGCCACAAGCCCAAAUUUUAAGUCAUAGUUCCACUGGUGGGUUUUUAACCCACUGUGGAUGGAACUCUAUUCUCGAGACUGUAGUCCAUGGUGUGCCGGUUAUAGCUUGGCCACUUUAUGCAGAACAAAGAAUGAACGCAGUAUCUUUGACUGAGGGUAUAAAAGUGGCGUUAAGGCCCAAGGUCGAUGAAAAUGGCAUUGUGAGUCGUGUGGAGAUUGCGAGGGUUGUGAAGGGUUUAAUAGAAGGGGAAGAAGGAAAACCAAUUAGAAGUCGAAUUCGGGAACUAAAAGAUGCAGCUAGUAAUGUUCUUAGUAAGGAUGGGUGUUCUACGAAAACCUUAGAGCAAUUGGCUUCCAAGUUGAAAGCAAAGAAUAAUAUAAGCAUUUAGUUUAUCAAGCGUUGAAAUAAAAUUGUUAAAUAUUUUUGUCCUGUGAGUUGUUUUGUUUUGUGAAUUUAUUUAGUGUAUUAAAAAUAUCUAAAGUUAGACAUGCCAACAUGUAUACGAGAAUUGUU